UUGCCUAUAGGACUUCGUAGUUUCAACGAAAAGCUGAACCAACUGCAACAGCUGAUCCGAGAAUGUAGCCUUCUCAAAACAGAGCUUGACCAAAUAUCACCACUGGAACAUGUAUUUGUGGGAAUCGGCGACGUUCUAAGAAAAGAAAAUAUCCUGGUUGAAUAUCCUUGUCGUGCAAGUCCUGAACUCCCCGCAAAAUCGACUUCUUUGGAAACUGAUAUAGUCCAGGCUAUAAGAGACGAGGAGAAGCAGGCAAUUCCAUCUGAUCCUCCUAAGGAACCAAAAAGCAGCGUCAAUUGUAUCCUUCUCCCUGUUAGCACUGAAGAAUUCGAGGAGAUUCCCAAAUAUAUGCGCGGUCGUAUGACGUGUGCUGAGCUCAAUGAGAUUGUUCUGAAGCUGGAUGAAUUUUUGUCGCAAAAACGUCGCCUGUUGAAUGCUCCUUUCAAAAAGUUGUCUAUGAAGGAAAAAGAUCAAGUAACGAAAUGGAAAGAACAAGAAACUGCUUGUACAAGUGGCAAAUUGUUCUGUCAAGAAGUCGAUGUGAAACCAAUGCUGUCCGAUCGUGCUCGAACCCUUUUCCGUUCAGCUGCCCCUUGCUUGCGUCAUGUUCGUCGCAUCAGGGAAAAGAUGAGCGAUGAAAAGUACGAGAUAAAACGCAUCUUAGCGGAACGAAAGAUUGAUGGAAAAUCAGAUAGAAUGGAGUAUUUGGUAGAUUGGGAGCCGACAUGGGUCUUUGACUCAGAUAUGGAUGCCAAUUUGCUGGAUGACUUCCAUUAUUCGGUUGUUGUUCUUGGUCCCAUUCAUACCCCUGAGAAUCUUCAGAAGAAGUCUAUCAAGGAGAUGGAUAUCGUUGUCCAGAGGUAA